CUGACAACAUGCAGAAGGGAACAGCUAUUCUACCGACCGGCCAAAACAACCUUCAGCCAGCCACUACGUUCAUGCAAAACAGAAAUAUAAAAUGCUCAAGAUUACAAAAUAUCCAACAAUCGCAUCCCAAGGCGAUCAUGGAUCUCUACCUCGACCUCAAGGUCAUGGUGAACACCCUGCCGGAGUCCAAACGCUCCCACCUGGCAAACAAGGAGGUUCAAAACCUCGUCGCCACCAUCGACAAGGGCACGGGAUCAGGCUGUGGUGGUCAUGGCGAUGGUGGUAGUUGCAUCGUCUGGCUUAUGGGACACUCACUCGGCGCUUCUCUGGCGCUGGACGUGGGGCGGGCCAUGAUGGCGGAGAAAGAUUACAAUCUCCCGACCUUCCUCUUCAAUCCGCCACAGGUGUCGCUGGCACCGGCGAUAGACGUGCUUCUCCCGACGAAGAAAGCGAGGAGGUCCAUACAUGCAGCCAGCUCCUUCCUGAAGGCAAGAAUGGACAAGGUCCUGAAGCCCCACAAGGAGCGCAUGGAGAAGCUAUUCGAGCAACUGUCGCCGUGGGCACCGGAGCUGUACGUGCAUGAGAGGGAUCUCAUCUGCAAGGGCUACAUCAGCUACUUUGAGCAACGGGAGCAGGUGAAGGAGCGGUUCCGUGGCGUAGGCAAGUCGGCGAUGGCGUUGUCGUACCGUGACAUGUUGUUUGCCGCGUUCGGGAAGGAGAAGGAGCGACCGCACCUCCUGCCAACGGCGAGACUCUAGAAGAACUCGAGCAUGGACGGUGACGCACAUGAUCUCUAGCAGUGGUGGAGGCCGGAUCGUGAGCUAGCCUUGAGCGCCAAGCGAUACAACUAUCCUUGAGCAUAUGGAUGUUCUAUUCGAUCGACCGGAAUAUGCUUUGUCAUGUUUAAGUUAUACAACCUUAUUAAAGGAAAGAAUUACUUUA